CGGACACUAACCAGAAAUUGAGGGCAGUGUUAGGGUUUAAAAGAAAGAGAGUGACGAGUUAGGGUUUAAGAGCAUUUUUAUUUCUAUGCAAAAUGGGGUUUUGGGGAAUUGAAAUCAAACCGGGGAAACCGCACCCGUUUCACUCUGAUAAUGUUGAAGGAAGGCUUUAUGCAACUCAGGCAACUCUAGGCCUUGGUUCAUCAACGGAGAGGAGCGUGCUUCAGUGUUCUGUUGGACAUAAAAGUCCGAUUUUCUUAUGUUCCUUAUUACCUAAUAGAAUUGAAUCUUGCUCCUUGAAUCUUGAAUUCAAGGAUGAGUUAGUGGCUUUCUCCGUGAUUGGCUCAAGAAGCAUCCAUCUAUCUGGUUACUUUGUGUCUGAUGAAGGUGAUCGUCUCCGUGAUGAAUACAAAUCUGAUUCUGGAGAAGACAUUGCUGAGACAGAAUCAGAAGAUUCCAGUGAAAAUGGUUAUGAUGAUGAUGAUUAUGAUGUAGACUUCAUUGAUGAUGACGCUGAUGAUGAUGAUGAUCUUGAAAUGUUCCCGCCUUCACCUGUCCCCAAUAGCGGAGUUGUUAUUGAGGAGAUUGUGGAUGAUGAGGAAUCUAAUGAUCAGCCUAAACGAUUAAAGAAAAUAAGGAACAAAUCAAGUGACCGUGAGGACCAAAACAGCUCCAAAGGACAAAUUGUUGCUAGGACAAGUACUGAUGUACACAUUCUGGAAAGUGAAGAUGAAGACGGAUUUCCAAUUGAUGCAUCGCAAAAUAGCAAUGCCGCUGAUCAUGAACCUGAACAAGACAUGCAAAAGGACAAGAGAACCAAAAAAGUAAAGAAAGCAAGAGAUGACAAUGAUAGCGUUUCAGGAAAGAAGAGAAAGGAUAAAAGCACUGACCAAGAUGGUGAACCUAUAAGAAAAAAGAAGAAGGAGAAGCAGAAAGAAAAGAGCAAAGAGCUCCCUAGUGCUGAAAUAGAUGACGGCAAGAAAAAUAAUUUUCCAGAAGAUGUAAUCCAAAACGAGAAGGUGAAGAAGCAGGAUUCUCCUGAUGCUACUCCUGAUAAGAGGGGUCUUGACACUAAUGUAGACAGCUUACCUGCUGAAAAUUCUUCUGACAAGAAAAAAAAGAAAAAGAAGAAGAAGAAGAACAAGCAGAACCAGGACAAUGGGGAGGACACGAGUAAGAAUCAAACUGCUUCAGCUGUAGGAGAUGAGGCUAAGUCUGCUUUGGGGUCCAGUGAUAAUCAAUCAGUAGAUAAGUCUUCACAAACUAGAACAUUUUCUAAUGGGUUGGUAAUUGAGGAGCUAGCAAUGGGCAAACCAGAUGGUAAAAGAGCUUCUCCUGGAAGUCAGGUUUCUGUGCGCUACAUUGGCAAGCUAAAGAAGAAUGGGAAAAUAUUUGAUUCGAAUGUGGGAAGGGCACCCUUCAAAUUUCGCCUAGGUAUAGGCGAAGUAAUAAAGGGAUGGGAUGUUGGGGUUAAUGGCAUGAGAGUUGGAGACAAAAGAAGACUCACUAUUCCACCGUCAAUGGGUUAUGGAGAUAGAGGAGCUGGUGGGAAGAUACCACCAAACGCAUGGCUUAUGUUCGAUGUUGAGUUGGUUAAUGUUCGGUGAUCAUCAAUCUUCCUUUGUUUUGGGUUUAAACUCCUCCACUGCUCUAAAUAGGCAAUUCACUUGCAUGGAUGUUGAAAUCUUGGCAUUUAAGAACAAACUUGUAUGCAGUAGUAGUGGUUCACCUCAUCAUGUGUAUGGAAGGGUGUGAGCAAAAAUUUUGGCAAAAAUAUCAAUUGAACUGAUGUGAUUUUCUUACAUACUAUACCGGUUUUUGAAGAUCAAUGUAAUUUUGAAGUUGUGCUGGAA